AUGCCCAUCCCCGAAAUCCCAGGCGUCAAAGCCGACAGAGGCCUCGCCGAACAGUUCCGCGCCGAAGUUGCCCAGCUUCUAGGCCGCAAGAACCCCAACUUCCCCGGCGCCCAGCCCGUCUCCUUCGCGCGCAAGCACCUGCGCGAGCUCAUGGAACAUGACUACUACCUCUGCGAGAAGACGGACGGCAUCCGCUGCUUGCUGUACUUCACCAACGACGGCCCCAACGAGAUCCAUUACCUCAUAGACCGCAAGAACGACUACUACUUCGUCCCGAACCUCCACUUCCCGCGCCACGACGAUCCAUCUUUUCAAAGCUUUCAUACUGGCACCAUUGUCGAUGGCGAGUUGGUGUAUGACCAAGAGCCCGGCGGCCUGAAGCUGCGCUUCCUGGUCUUCGACUGCCUUGCCAUCGAUGGCCAAUCGCAAACCGAGAAGCCGUUGGACAAGCGCUUGGGCUAUUUCAGAAUCAUGGUGAUGAAGCCGUGGGAAGAGCUAUUCGUCAAGAGACACCCCGAAGAGCGCCAAUUCCUGCCCUUCGAGCUCGUCUUCAAGGAAAUGUCCUUUCCUUAUACUCUGAGCUGGAUGUUCAACGUCAAGCUCCCGUCGCUGAAGCACGGCAACGACGGUCUCAUAUUCACCUGCAAGGAGACGCCCUACAUCUUCGGCACCGACGAGAAGAUCCUCAAAUGGAAACCGGCGCACGAAAACACGGUCGACUUCCGCCUCCGGCUCGGCGAGUUCCCGCAGCUCCUCGCCAAUGGCAACGGCGCAGGCCCGCCCGAGCCCGACUUCGAGGCGAAGCCAAACUUCGACCUCAUGGUCUUCUACAACAAAGGCGAUUACCGGGUGUUCGCUCCGCUACAUGUGACGGAUGAGGAAUGGGAACUGCUCAAGUCCAUCCGCCAGCAGCUGGACGGCCGCAUCAUCGAGUGCUUCAAGGAUAGCGAAGGGAACUGGCGCUUCAAGCGCGACGACGCCGGCAAGCCGCACUUCCGCGACGACAAGCACGAAGCCAACCACAUUUCGACCGUCGAUAAGGUGCUGGAGAGUAUCGACGACGCUGUCUCCAAAGACGAUUUGACUAGGAACGAGCAGAAGAUCCGCGAAGCCUUCAAAAAGCGACAGGCUGAUCGUGAAAGGAGAGCGAAGGAGGAGGAGGCCAUGCGCCGCAUGAGGGAGGAGAAGCGGAAGAGGGAGUCAGUAGGUGGUGCCGAGGGCGCGUUCAACGGCGAACCGGCCGACAAGCGCAUAAAGCCAGAGUCGUGA